CAAGAACGAAGCUCCAACAAGUACAUUAAUAAGAACUACGUCCCCUGUGUUCCUGUGCUUUUAGAACGCUUACAUUUGUAAAAGUUGAUAUCAGAAACAAAUAUUUAGCAUAUACGUUAUAUACUUAAUUGACGACUACAUGGACUUGAUCUAUCCACGAUCACACGCUCUAUAGAAAAAAAUAAAGCCGGGCUUUAUAAUCUUCCAUUUUCAUAAUUAGCGCGAUCUAAGGCAUUAUCAUUAUAACUUAAGACAUCAUUCAGAAACAAUUUUAAGCUUGCCAUACUUGGAUUACGGCAGUAACCUCUUUUAGUGGUUGAUAUAAUUCCAUAGUAACAUUCGAAUAAGCAUAAACAAUCAUCGCCAACCAGCAAAACCAAGGCAAUGCAUCCAUAGCUGUAUAUGAUUGAUUUUGUAAAACAUUUUCAAGUUAGUCAUAAAACGUGAAAAUUAAUUAUGAUUUCGAAAAAAGACCAACUUUUGAACCAGCCGUGGCAGCAACAACGUUACAUGAAACAUAAGAAUAAAGUAAACGCGGCAGUAGCUUUAAUUGAUCAUUCUCCACCACCUCAAUAUCAGCACGUUAAAGAUAAAUUGAAGAAGUUUCAGGCAGAAAGGGAGAGAAUAUCUUUAAUAAACGCCGAAAAUGUGCGCUUGUUGCAAAAAUUAACUGAAAUAAUGCAAGCAAAGCGUAUGCCAGAUUUAUGGACUGAACCUCGACCAAAUUUUCUUGGGAGAGUAAAACUAUUUAAACCUUCAACUAAGACUUCAGACGACAUGCCCAAGAUGUAG